CGUGCUUGUGCGCGUUUGGCAACACUGUUUUGUGCGUGACUGAAUUUUCGUGAGUUUGUAUUUGUGUACAUUUUAUAAUUUGGGUUUGUUUUCCUUUUUGGCAAACCGAAUUACCAGCGAAUCAAACAACCGAUCCGCCACGAUGCAUGUUGAAAAGAAAUCGGAGCUGCGCAGCCUACUCAAAUCCGGUGACAAGCGUUGUAAGCUCGUAGAGCCAAGGAACACCAAAAGCUGCGUCUGGAGGUUUUUCAAUCUCGUCCAGUGCGACGACCACAUAGAGCCGUACGCCUGCUGCAAAACCUGCGGCGAUCUCUUAUCCUACAGCGGGAAAACCGGAACCGGAUCCCUGCUCCGUCACCGAUGUCUCCACUCCAGCAGCAGUAACGAAAAAACCGUGCGGAUUACCAAGGCCAAGACGCUGAGGGAGCCGCUGCGGGUGGCCAAGCCGAAGAUCGAUUCGAACGUCGCCAAUUAUCUGGGAGAGGCGGGUGCCCUGCCGCAGAAGUGGGAGGAGUACGAGCAGAAUGAUGAGAUCAGCGAGGAUAUCAAGGACAUCAUAUACAGUGAGGAUCCACUGUGCUACAGCCCCAUACACGUGAUGGAGGACGAGGGGCUGGAUCAGCCCGAGAAGCAAGUGACCGUGCUUACCCAUUCGACUUCAUCAGCCGGUGGAAGUAGCAGGCCGAGCGUUGUGGGCUCGGGGGUACAAGCCACUGUGGUGGCCUCCACGUCCUCCAGCAACAACUCGGCCAAGCAGCUGAAGAACAACCUGGAGACGUCCAUCGAUCGGCUGACCACCGUCAGCGAACAGCUCAGCUACAUCAUUCAACAGAAUCAUGAGGAGCUCACCAAGGACGACGACUACUAUUUUGCUCUAAGCUUGGUGCCUGUCAUGCGCCAUCUUUCGCUCAAUCGAAAGAUGUACGUGCGGUCAAAGAUCCAGGAGAUACUGUUCAAGGAGAGUGAGGACUCGGUGCCCGCCAAGGAUGAGUAGGCGCUCCAUUAUAUACAUUUACCCAGAGGAAUAAGAAGACGAAAAACGAAACAAAACAACAGGGCAUCUUUGCGUGUCGUCAACUAGGUUAAUAAUUAUACAUAUGUUAUGUAUUCAUCUAAUUUAUGCUCUAUCAAGUGCAAAUACUUUGAUUAUUCAAUUAUAUUACCCAUUUAACUUUUACUUGAAACUCAAAACGAAAUAAAGCAUUACGACGAAAUAAGAAAAAAGUCA